CGCUUCAUUCAGCAAGGCAAAAUGGCGUCGAGUGCCAUUUCUACCGAGACUAAGAAAGUAGCUGAUUUACGGGUUAUUGAUCUUAAAACCGAACUUAAACGAAGAAAUUUGGAUGUCACAGGAGUGAAAAAUGUUCUUAUUGCCAGACUGAAACAGGCCCUUGAGGAGGAAGGCGAAGACCCUGACAACAUUGAAAUUCCGCAGUCGGCUGACACACCCACCAAGAAACAAACUAAAUCAAAAGGAAAGAAAGUGGACUCGGACACAGACAACACAAUGGAAGAGGAGUCUUUUUCCAAGGACACAGAAGAAGAAGACCUUGAAAAAGAUGUAACUGAUACUGAUGAUGGUACUCGUGACAAUUCUAAAGAUCUCCCCUGUGAAGAUGGCCUCGAGGAGGCUGAACAUGCGGCGGGGACGGAAAGCGAAGCCGCCGCCCACGAUACUGAAGUCGAGGACGAUAACAUAUCCGUCACAAUCCAGGCAGAAGAUGCCAUCACGUUGGAUGUUGAUGGCGAUGACCUCCUGGAAACAGGUAAACAUGUGAAACUUCCAGAUUCAGAGGCAGGCAAGGGCUGUGACGAGCCAGAGCCCUCUGCCCAGACGAGCCAGGAGGAAGGCACAAAGCCGGAAGCCAAAGACGGCCAUAAGGAUGGUAAGAAAGAUGACGGACUGAAGACUGACGGCACAAAGAAGGAGAGCAGAGAGGCCUUGAAGAAGGCUGAAAUGGGAGACAAGGAAAAGGAUACUGGGAAGAAAGGCCCCUCAUCUACUGGGGCAACGGGUCAAGCAAAGAGUUCUUCAAAAGACAAAGAUGGAAAGGCCACAAAGGAUGAAAAAGCAGGUACGAGUGGAAGCACCGGGAGCUCGACUCGCAACCUGUGGGUGAGCGGCCUGUCCUCCAACACCAAGGCGGCCGACCUGAAGAACCUGUUCGGGAAAUACGGAAAGGUUAUUAGUGCAAAAGUUGUGACCAAUGCCCGUAGCCCAGGGGCAAAGUGCUAUGGUUUUGUCACGAUGUCGUCAAGUGCAGAAGUGGCUAGGUGCAUUUCCCACAUCGACCGCACUGAGCUCCACGGACAGCAAAUCUCAGUUGACCGGGUUAAAAGUGAUCCAUUUAAAAAGGAAUUUUCCAAGAAAGAAGCGGAAGAAAAAUCUGGCUCCAGCAAAACCUCCGGGGAGAAACGCUCUGCCGCAGGAAUGAAGACAACAAGCAAGACGCCAGCGUUCUCGAAGAAAGAAGAGAAGAAGUCGGAGAAGCCUUCUGACAAGGACAGCAAGGAAACCUCCAAGAAACAGGAGGCCAAGACCGUGAAGACUGAGGCCGCAUCGUCUGGGUCCGCCCAAGACGCUUCCAAAAAGGAGGAAAAGAAACAUGGACGUCCCAAGAGUCCUGGAAAGAUGGUGGUCAUAGAUCAGACCAAAACCGAACCGGGCUUCAAUAAAAUCAGACCACCGUUCAGGAGGGGGCGGUUCGAUAAGCCGGGCGGCUUUCCCAACGUGAUGCCUCGGCGGCCGCGAUCUUUCUUCCCCCCCGAAGAGAUGGAGAUGCUGAGGAACAAGGGGCGAGUAUUCCCCAGUAAGGGCGGCGUGAAGGAGAUCCUGCCCUUUGAGAAGAUGAAGGAGCAGCGCAUGCGCGAGCGUCUGGUGCGGCUGGAGCGAAUCCGCCGGGCCAUGGAGCUGCGCCGGCGCAGGGAGAUCGCGGAGCAGGAGCGGCGCGAGAGGGAGCGCAUCCGGCUGCUUCGGGAGCGCGAGGAGCGGGAGCACCUCCUGAGGGAGCGGCAGAGGCUGGAGAUCGAGCGGCAGAAGCUGGAGCGCGAGCGCAUGGAGAGGGAGCGGCUGGAGCGGGAGAGGAUCCGCAUCGAGCAGGAGCGCCGUAAGGAGGCGGAGCGGCUGGCCCGGGAGAGGGAGGAGCUCCGGCGACAGCAGGAGCAGCUGCGCUACGAGCAGGAGAAGAGGAACUCGCUGAAGAGAGGGCGCGACGUCGACCACAGGAGGGACAAUCCAUACUGGAACGGGAAUAAGAAGAUGCAGACGGUGCGGGCGGCGGAGUCGGAGGGCAGGCUGAGCCAGGGCUCGGAGUACAGCCGGCAGCAGAACCGCUUCGGCGAGUUCCCUCCCCGGGAGAGGGGCCGCUUCCCCGAGGCGUCGUCAGUGGAGCCCAAUACGUUCGAGAGACGCAGUCGCUUCGAGGGGGAGCCCGAGUCCAAGAAGAGCCGCCCCCCGGCCCGCAGAGAGGGCUCCGGGUUCGACCGCUACCCGAAGGGCGGCUUCGACGCCCCGCGGCGGGCCGAGCCCCCUCCCCCGCCCCGCGGGGAGCUGCGGGACACAGACCGGCGGGAGAUCCGGGACCGGGACGAGCGCAGGACCGUCACCAUGCCGGAGCGGCCGGCCGGCGCCCGCGGGGGUCUGCCGGGUCUGUCCCACGCCCGCUCCCCCCGCGACCCCGGCCACAGCGCCUGGAAGAGCGACAGCGCCAUCGCCGCCGGGAAGGGAGACAUCCGGGGAGCAGUGCGGAUACGUCCGGAGCGGUCGGCCAGGGAGGGUCCUGGGCCAGGACUCCGGGGCGCCCCCUCAGGCAGCCGGGGGAGGUCCAGCUUCAGCGGUCGAGAUGGGGGCCGCCCCCUGGUGAUAGGGGAACAGCAUUUCAGCACGGGCCGGCAGGUGGUGGUGGAGCGGCACAGCAGGGACACGGGCCCCCGCAAGGACUGGCACGGCCCCGGGGCCCAGGGCGGGGACUACAGCGACAGCCGCAGGCUGGGGGAGAGCAGGGGCAGCAUGAUGGGGCAGCACUCCAGCCAUUCCUCGUCUGGUAUAAACCGCAUAGUGCAGAUCACCAACAGCUCCCUCUCGGGAGGCAGCGGAGGAUUCAAGCCCUUCAAGGGGGCUCCAAGGAGGUUCUAGAGGCCACGGCAGGUGUCCAAACAGUUUGCAAAGACAUGAGGAAAACUAAACUUUUUUUAUAUAUUUCCUUUUUUUAAUUUUGGGUAAGUGUUUUAGACGGCCUGAUGAUGGCAGAACGGUUUGAUGUAAAAAAAAAAAAAAGAGAGAAAAAAGGAACCGUUUUGUUUUGUAUAGAUGCGUGUAAACCUUUUGUGUAGGUUUUUUUUCCCUAACAGUUCCUGCUGUGAAGACGACAAAUUAAACCUGUGCACAUACGUGUUAUAACUUCCAUUUAAGAAAAGAAUUGUACAGCUUUAGUUAUUUGUAACGAGUUUUCAUAUGUGGUUUCAAAACUGCUUUCCUAGCCCUGGAAGUUCCCCUGUAUGUGCAGUGGCUGUAUCGCGAGGCGUUCUUUGAAAACUUGUCUGUUCAUUACGCUCCCCUUACAAUGCUUUUGAAAGUUGUUGAUAUUAAAUUAUACAUCUUG